AUGCAAGGUGGGGGGCAAACAGCUACGGUCAUCCAGGUUUCUAAAGGUCAUACCGGCGGUCACACAAUAAUUCAGCAAAAUGGCCAGCAUGUCAUAGUUGGAAAAAUUGCUUCUGGCGGAAAUGGGAAUUCAAAUGUCGAUUCCAAUAUAGUUUCUCUACAAGGCGCCAAUUCAGCCAACGGUACCGGCUUGCAAACCCUUUAUCCGACGCACUAUAUUGAAGCAGCCUCUGAACAAACAGUCUAUACUUCCCCAGGAAAUGGCCAAAUGUAA